GCUAGUGCCAGGCACCCUCUCCUUUGCAUAGCCAUGUGAAGAAUGUGAGGGAGGAGGCUGGGGUCUUGGCCCUGCAGAGGGGCAGGGACUAUGGGGGAGAAAGCUGGCUGGAUCACAGCAGGACCCUGCCUUCCCCCAGUACAGUCCAGGAAAGGCUGGUGGGCUGCUGGGGACACAGGGGGUGGCCAGGGGACUGCACUAGUGGGAGCAGGGGCUUGACAUUCCUGCUGCACCCACACCAAGCCAGUGGGGCUGAAAUGAACGUGAGGGGAUUGCUAAUGAGGCUGGGGAGAGUUAAACAUUCCCUGCUCCUGAGGGCUAAGAGGAGGGGUGGGUAGGGGUCUUGGAGGGGGCAGCCUGAACCCCAGGAAUGUGCAGAGGCCACUGCCCCCUCCAUACUGUCCUGGAGCUGGGGGCCAGAGCCCUCUGUUCCAGGUCCCAGCAGGAGCUGCUAAACCAGCCAGCAAAGGGAUUAACAGGCUGGGCUGAGCAAACCACCUUCCUUCUGGCCAAUGCCAGAGACUGGUGCCAUCUCCCGUCUCCCCAGCUCCCUGCCAGGCCCCAUGCUGGCCUGCAACCAUUCUGACCCAGCCUCAAUGGGGCCCCUCUUCUGAUCUCUCAGACCCCAGACAGACCCCACAGAACAUAUUCUCUGGUGUGACCUCCCUUAUGGUUCCCAGAUACUGAGGACCCCUCUUCCCAACACCCUGUUCAGUCUCUCCACAUCUGGCCUCAAAGCACUUGCCAAAACAGUUCUCCCUGAUGUCUAACUCUAGGUUUACCUGAUGCGAGCUGGGAUUCCUUUUCUGUUCUGUCCUCAAGUCAGAAGGCAGGAAACCCCAACGGUUAGAUAGGCCUUGCAAGUGCAAAGUCUGUGCUCACAGGGCUGGUGUUCUUGAGAGUAGGGAUUAUGACAUUCUUAGGGCCCUUGAAUCGGGCUCUGAAAGGGGCUUCCCUGGGCAAAGAAGGUCUUGAGAGCAGCAGGUUCCCUCCUCCCAGCCCCUCCCUUGUCUGUCCUGGGGGGUAGGGGCGGAGCAGGGUACCCACCUGGGCUCUAGGCCCCACCCUCCACCCCCAGGGGGCUGGGUACCAGCUUUGUUAGGGACCCUGCCUGGCUCAGGCGGCUUUGCUGUGGGCGGGCCUUUGGCCUCUUCCAAUCCCUGGGCCUCCCCCUGCAUUCUAGAGUCCAGAGCCAUUGCCUUUGCUGCCACCAAGGCUGCUGCUGCCUCUCCUCCUCUGCCUCAGACCACCCACAGCUCCCCUGCUCCAGCUGCUCCUCUCGCCUGGCCAUGACCACAGCGCUUUCCAAGACCCUGGCCCAGCUCUGAACCCUGGGACCACAGGCCCCUCCCUUGGGCCAUGGCCAACUCAGGCCUCCAGCUCCUGGGGUACUUCCUGGCCCUGGGUGGCUGGGUGGGCAUCAUCGCCAGCACAGCCCUGCCACAGUGGAAGCAGUCCUCCUAUGCUGGUGACGCCAUCAUCACUGCCGUGGGCCUCUAUGAAGGGCUCUGGAUGUCUUGCGCCUCCCAGAGCACCGGUCAGGUGCAGUGCAAGCUCUAUGACUCGCUGCUCGCCCUGGACGGUCACAUCCAGUCAGCCCGAGCCCUGAUGGUGGUGGCCGUGCUUCUGGGCUUUGUGGCCAUGGUCCUCAGCGUUGUGGGCAUGAAGUGUACCCGAGUUGGAGACAGCAACCCCAUCACCAAGGGCCGCGUGGCCAUCUCCGGGGGUGCCCUCUUCCUCCUGGCGGGCCUCUGCACUUUGACUGCUGUCUCAUGGUAUGCCACCCUGGUGACCCAGGAGUUCUUCAACCCAAGCACACCUGUCAAUGCCAGGUAUGAAUUUGGCCCAGCUCUGUUUGUAGGCUGGGCCUCAGCUGGCCUGGCCAUGCUGGGGGGCUCCUUCCUCUGCUGCACCUGCCCAGAGCCUGAGAGAACCAACAGCAACCCACAGCCCUAUCGCCCAGGACCCUCGACUGCUGCCCGAGAACCGGUUAAGUUGCCCGCCUCCACCAAGGGCCCCUUGGGUGUGUAACGUCCAAGUUCCCAGCCAGGCUCUGUCCCCUGCCACAUCUAAACCAUGUAUUUAGUACUUUUUUGAAAGAGAAGUGAACAUUUAGUCCCAA